AUGGCGCUCCUUGAUGUUGACUCUAUUUUGGAGCAAGUUAUUUUGAUUGUAAAAGAUGUUUCAACCCAAAAUUUCUGCCAUAAAAAAAGGGAUUCCACAACUCAAGACACUUUCAAAGUUUCCAAAAAAAACAAUUCUCCAACGGAUCUGGUAACGGAGAGAGAUAUUGCUAUUGAGAGGGAAAUCGCGUCAAAACUGUCUCUCGCAUUUCCCCACAUAUUUUUUCUAGGCGAAGAGGGCAUUCAAGUGCCCACAAAUAAUGUUUCCUGCAAUCAAAAUGGACCAUGCUAUUAUUGGGUACUUGACCCCAUUGAUGGGACCAUUAAUUUCUUACAUGGUCUUUUGUCCCAUAGUUGCGUCUCGCUGGCGCUUGUUGAGGUUCCUAAAAUGGCUGGCGAGUGUCCUGACCCGCUCAUUGGAAUUAUCUAUCAUCCGACGCUGAAGAAAUUGUAUUAUUCGGUCAAAGGAAAAGGGGCAUAUCUGGUUGAUGAGAACGAAAGCUCCACACCGCAAAGGCUGCCGCUUUAUUCACACAUGAGCAAUUCUGAAAAACGCAUGUCUGACUGUCUUGUUGUUACUGAAUGGAAUCUUCCAAUGAUGGGCUAUGUGCCCGAGUAUAAGGCAUGCAUUACGUCCAUAAUGCAUUCGCUAAUUCAAAUUCCCGUUCAUGGGAUAAGGAGCUUUGGAAGCGCAGCAAUGAAUCUCACUAAGAUUGCCGAGGGUGCUGGUGACAUCUAUUACGAGAUUGGCAUUCAUUCGUGGGAUAUAGCGGCGGGUAUUUUGAUUGUAAAGGAGGCUGGUGGAGUCGUUGAAAACAUCACUUCUACAUCGGUCGACAUGAGGAAAGGAACCAUU